AUUAAAAUUAAAAUUAAAAGGGUUGGUUGGGUUCUUCGCACCCAGUAGCACUCGCCACUCUUCGCCGAGACUUUUCUGGAAAUUUAUUAUUCUCGAGAGGAAAAAAAAAGGAAAAUUUGGGGUUUUUUCCAUUUGAAUCGAUCUGGGGGGUGAUUGGAGCUUGGAGAACUUGCAAGCACUUUGAUUGGUUGAGGGUUUUUCUCUCCAUCUCAAAUCUUAGAAAGCUCAGUAUCUUAUCACCCCAUUUUCAGGAAACAGCAGGUUUCGAGUUGAGCCCUAGCCUGUAGUCCAAGAUGAUGCAGAGACCUAUGCCUAUGCGAUCCGAAGAUUACUCCAUAAAGGAGACCGCUCCUCACCUCGGCGGUGGAAUCGCUGGUGACAAGCUCACCACCACCUAUGACUUAGUUGAGCAAAUGCAGUACCUUUAUGUUCGCGUUGUCAAGGCGAAAGACCUCCCUGCAAAAGAUGUUACUGGUAGCUGUGAUCCUUAUGUCGAGGUCAAGCUUGGGAACUACAAAGGUACUACUCGCCACUUCGAGAAGAAGACCAACCCUGAAUGGAACCAAGUAUUCGCCUUCUCGAAGGAGCGAAUCCAAGCUACUACAUUGGAGGUUGUAGUUAAGGACAAGGAUUUAGUGAAGGAUGAUUUCAUUGGUCGGGUCUCUUUUGAUUUGAAUGAAGUCCCGAAGAGAGUUCCACCGGAUAGUCCACUUGCCCCACAGUGGUAUAGGUUAGAAGAUCGAAAGGGUGAUAAGACUAAAGGAGAGCUAAUGCUUGCUGUUUGGAUGGGUACUCAAGCUGAUGAGGCAUUUCCAGAUGCUUGGCAUUCUGAUGCUGCUACACUUCCUAGUGAAAGCCUUGCUCAUAUAAGAUCGAAGGUGUAUCUAACACCCAAGCUUUGGUAUUUGAGGGUUAAUGUGAUUGAAGCCCAAGACUUGAUACCUGGUGAUAAGGGCCGGUUUCCUGAAGUCUAUGUUAAGGUCAUGCUUGGGAACCAAAUGCUGAGAACGAGGGUUUCUCAGAUUCGAGGUCCAAAUCCUAUGUGGAAUGAGGACUUGAUGUUUGUGGCAGCAGAGCCGUUUGAGGAGCACCUGGUUCUGAGUGUUGAAGACAGGGUUGGGCCCAAUAAGGAUGAACUAUUGGGGAAGACUGUAAUUCCCCUUCAAACGGUGGAUAGGAGGCUGGAUUACAAGGCGGUGAAUGACAAAUGGUAUACCCUUGAGAAGCAUGUCAUUGUUAUGGAUGGUGAUAAGAAAAAGGAGUUCAAAUUUUCUAGUCGGAUACAUUUGAGGAUAUGUUUAGAUGGAGGGUAUCAUGUCUUAGACGAAUCAACCCAUUACAGUAGCGAUCUCAGGCCUACAGCAAAACAAUUGUGGAAGCCAAGCAUUGGAGUGUUUGAAUUGGGAAUUUUGACAGCACAUGGGUUGUUGCCGAUGAAAACUAAAGAUGGAAAAGGCACAACAGAUGCCUACUGUGUUGCUAAGUAUGGACAGAAAUGGGUUCGAACGAGAACUAUUAUUGACAGUUUCACUCCGAAAUGGAAUGAGCAGUACACUUGGGAGGUUUAUGAUCCAUGCACUGUGAUAACGAUUGGGGUAUUUGAUAAUUGUCAUUUGUAUGGUGGUGAGAAGUCGGGAGGCGCAAGGGAUAACCGAAUUGGGAAAGUGAGGAUCAGGCUCUCAACUCUCGAAACUGACAGGGUCUACACUCAUUCGUAUCCUCUUUUAGUCUUGCUCCCUAGCGGCGUGAAAAAGAUGGGUGAAGUUCAACUUGCUGUCAGAUUCACUUGCUCGUCUCUUCUCAAUAUGAUGCAUAUGUAUACCCAACCGUUGCUUCCCAAAAUGCAUUACCUCCAUCCCCUCUCUGUUAAUCAGCUCGAUAGCUUGAGGCACCAGGCAACCCAGAUAGUUUCUAUGCGCUUGAGCCGAGCGGAACCACCAUUGCGGAAAGAAGUUGUCGAGUACAUGCUUGAUGUGGAUUCUCAUAUGUGGAGCAUGAGGAAAAGCAAGGCUAACUUCUUCAGAAUUAUGGGUGUCCUGAGUGGUUUGAUUGCUGUAGGGAAGUGGUUUGAUCAGAUUUGCAACUGGAAAAACCCAAUCACCACAGUGCUCAUCCACAUCCUUUUCGUGAUCCUGGUACUCUAUCCUGAACUAAUACUACCAACAAUCUUCCUCUAUUUGUUUUUGAUCGGGGUUUGGUACUUUCGAUGGAGACCAAGGCAGCCUCCGCACAUGGACACCCGAUUAUCUCACGCUGAGACGGCUCAUCCUGAUGAGUUAGACGAGGAAUUUGAUACCUUUCCAACCUCUCGUCCUCCAGAUGUUGUGAGGAUGAGGUAUGAUCGUCUGAGGAGUGUUGCAGGGAGAAUACAGACAGUGGUCGGCGAUCUUGCAACUCAAGGAGAGAGACUACAGUCUCUGCUAAGCUGGAGAGACCCGAGGGCAACAGCCCUUUUCAUUACCUUCUGUUUGGUUGCUGCCAUUGUUCUUUAUGUGACCCCAUUCCGUGUUGUGGCCUUCCUCACUGGUAUCUAUGUGCUGAGACAUCCGAGGUUCCGUCAUAAGCUUCCUUCGGUUCCGCUGAACUUUUUCAGGAGGCUACCUGCAAGAACUGAUAGUAUGCUAUAAAAACUGCCUGGUUCAAUCUCCUUCCUCUUUGUCGCAAACUGCUCCGCAAUGGAAUUGCAGGUUGCAGGUUAGUGGUCUUCAGUGUGAUAUGUAAUCUUCAAUUGUUUUCUGCUUCUUUUGUUCUUGUAUCCUUAGAUGUUAGCCUUUGUUGUAUUUCUUAUUCUGUUAGUUUUGAGAACCUUUUGAUUGUGUAAUUAGAUUUGUGGCAGUAGUAGGUAGUUUGUGAUGUGCUUUGGUCCUAA